GUCUUCGCAAUUAGUUGUUGUCCAACUGAUAAUUGGGUUGCUGCUGGAUUGGAUGACAACAAUAUUCAUGUUCUUAACAAUACAACAAUGGGCGAAAAGUAUUUACUUAAUGGUCAUAAAAGUUGUGUUUUGUCUAUCAAGUUUGCGAAUAGUGGAAAGUGGUUUGUUUCCACUGGAAGAGACAAUGUUGUAAAUUGUUGGCGCACACCUUACGGCUACAGGCUUGCAAAAACCAAAGAAAAAAAUGCCGUGCUAAGUUGCGACAUCUCUAAAGAUGAUCGUUUUCUUUUAACUGGAUCAGGGGACAAGAAGGCAUCUUUAUAUGAAUUGAGCUUUUAA